AUUUUGUAUGAGUUUUAUCAUCAUCGCACAUUGACAAUUAUUGCAGGGAUAGGUGAAGAGACAGGCGAUUGGUAGUGUAGUGUGUCGCGCUACACUGGUGCUGUGCACGUCUCGUAAGAUUGGAUAUGUAGCGUACGAGAUAUUCAUUUAGUGCAUAUUCAAGACUGUGAUGAGCAUUGGCUAGAUUUGUUGGUGGAUGAUUGUCUGGCCAUCUUGCAGUGAAAUAUUUGGAGCUUAUUGGCCAACAUCAUUUGUUGAUGGUGGUAGAGGGAAAAUCAACAAGUGACCAUCACAGACAGAAGAGGCCCAAAAUGGCCGCAUCAGAGCAUACCAGCCCGUCAGCGUCUACCCCAUCAAGAAUGGCUGAAGCGCCGCAAGCACGUUUUGAAGAGAUUGAAAUAUGGCUUGACCAGCAUCCUGAGUUCACACACGACUAUUUUGCACGGAAAGCAACACGAAGUAUGAUCGAUGGUUGGUACAUCGCUACCGCUGUUUCGCAGGGUGUCAAACCGGCGGCUGGUGACGUUAACCAUUCACCAAACAGCUCAUCUGGCAGCAACACGCCUGUAAGGAAAGUAUCCGCCUCAGAUUUUGAACUUCGUGAAGCUGGUGGUUCGCUUGGUCGUAUGGUUCAGACGGUUGACGGUUCACCAAGCUUUCUCGGCCCAUCUCUGCAGCGCCAAGGGAAAUUGUCGCCUCCGGUGCGAUCAAGGAAGUCCAUCAACGAACUGAAACAACUUGAGGACCGGAGAAUUCUUAUGGAGCUUGUAAAAGAUAUUGCCAAUGAUCUUGACCAGAACAGUCUCUGUCACAAAAUUUUACAAAAUGUGUUGAUCUUGACUCGAGCAGAUCGUGGAUCACUUUUCUUGGUUCAGGGGAAGGGAACCGAGAAUUGCUUCCUCGUGAGCAAACUCUUUGAUGUUACGAUUGAUUCAACUGUCGAGGAGUCUGUUGGUAAAGAGGUAGUGAAGGUACGGUGGGGUAAAGGCAUUGUGGGAUAUGUAGCGAAGACCGGAGAGACAGUCAAUAUUGCAAAUGCAUAUGAGCAUUUCCACCUUGCUAUUUCCAGACUACACAGGGUUGAGUGGCUUGAGUGAAAAGAAAAACUGGUGAAUGGUAAUUCUGGUUUUCGCUUUGAUCUUACCAGUUCAUCAUAAAACUUUCAGGUACUAUUGUUACUUGGUUGGUCCCUGGGUUGGCCAUUCACACUCAAUAGCUCACCCACCUUUUGUUUAGCUUCAUAACUUCCUCCCCUCAGGAUCCAAUAAGCCAUGUCUGAGGGAGUUGUCGGUUUUUUUCCCCAAUUAACGGCCCAACUGGGUACAAUUUCAUGUCAUCUCAAGGACUAUUAAAUCUACAGCUUGAACUACAACAGUACCUUAUCAAUGCUGGUAAAACUCCACCAGACACCAUCCCAUUUAUUCAGGUUUAGGGAAGAAUUGUAAACAGAUAAUUCAAACCAAAAAUUAAAGCAUCGCUUAUACCAGUGACGUAACGUCUAUGUGCUCUCGUGCGGCUUUCCGCAUUGCCCCCCAACUCCAUCGUUACGCCUCUGGUUUAAUCAGGAUUAUUACAUAGCUUCGCAAGUGGAACAAAUUUUUGUACAAAUUUGGUAAUGUUUUGAAAGAACAUUUUCUUUAAAAAUGGUGUGGAAGAGGCUUCCCUGACUGCUGGAGGAGGUGUAUUCCUUAAUAGCGAGACCAGACAUUGAAAAUGCUCUGUCACUGACUCGUUUUAUUGUACUAUAUGUGGUAUUGAGAACAGCUUUUUAGAUGAUAAGCGAACACUGCCAGCAAGAUUGUAGUGGUUGAUAUAUUUGCUAAUAUUUUGCACGAUUUUAAGGAGUGCAAGUUGUUUUGCAUUUUUAUUUAGUUUACAAUUUAAUUGGCAUGGACCUGUAUUGACCAAUUAUUACUGAAAAGUAUAGUUUAUUAAUGAAUUAUGGUCAUUUUAAGUUAAUUUUUAAAGUAACCAUGAUUUCAGGAUUUACUACAUUUUACUAUUACUGUGUAAAAAUAAUAGCCAUUCAUAAAACAUUUAGGACUGAAAAUAUCUUGCUAAUGUAUUGUUCAGGUAAUUGUCUGAUCUGAAGGACAAGGCAAUGUAAUUGUAAGUAAAGCUCUAAUUAAUGUAUAUUAUCAAUGGACUAUUGAUCUUGGAUUUCAGAUUAAAUUGCAUAAUUAUGAUUAUAGCAGAGAUGCUGAGAAGGAACAUAUUUUUUAAAACAAUUGGAUGUGAAAUAUCAUAAAUCUUAUGGAUAUUAAUAUUAUUCAUUUCAAAAAGUGACUUUUGACUAAUUUUACAGUAAAUUACACACCAUGAAUAGCAUGUGGCAUAGUGGUGGUGCUUCCAACCAAGCUUUUGGUUCGAGUCACUGUUCACAUUAAUUUGUGACCUUGGAGAAAAUAAUAGUACAUGGGUCUGUAUUAUGGAUAUCAAGUCUGUUGUUGGAUGUGUGGAUGCCAAGAUGUUUGGACAUGCUGGCCUUGAAAAUUGUUAGAAGGAUACUGCACUAAUAUUAUUUAAUGCAUAUUUUUUAUUUAUGAUCAUUGCUGUAAUUAUUUUUAUUCUUAUUGAUUAAAUAAUAUUGUGGAGAA